CCAGUUGUAAUCCCCUUCAAAAAUACGUUAACAGAAACAAUAUUAGAUAAACUAUUUAUCAACUGGAUUUUGUUGUAUGGAGUUCCAGAAACCAUUACAACGGAAAGAGGCAGACAGUUCAUAUCAUUCGCUUUCAAAAGAUUUAUAUAUACAUAUUAA